GGUAAUGAAAAAAGAAACGCGCAUUUAUUAAGUAUAAAAUACUCUUACGAUAAAUGAAAUGUUAAGGAGCCUUUAAAAUUAAUCGACGCAAUGCAGAAGAAGAAAACAUUCAACUUUUAACAGAAGGUGGAAAUUAUUCGAUGCAUAGCAGACAUAGAGCAUCUACAAGUGGAUAACCGGUUGAUAUUCCAACAUGUCGGAACCUCUAUAUUGCAAUAUCCACGGGGAACUGGUGACAGCAUUAUGUGUCACACAUAAAGAUUAUUUGUGCACGCAGUGCCUUAUUUCCGGUGAUCACAAUACCUGUGAAAAGAAUGUAUUGACAAAAUUCAACACAGAAAAAGACAAAUGUUUCAUUAAGUAUAUUAGUGUACGUAACCAAAUGUCAUGUAAAGAGAACGAAGUAAAGAAACGCAUGGAAAAAAUACAUUCAAGUAAAGAAAGAUUGGAAUUGGAGAUAAACGCAACAUUUGACCGCCUGAAGGAAAAACUAGAAGAGAUGCGAGGAAACACUCUUCAAGAGUUAGCUGAUGUUGAAAGUAAAAUGAGCAAUAAAUACAAACAAAUAAAAGAAAAAAUCGAAGGCUUCCGUGAAAAUAUAAAAACUGUGUUUGAUUCUGUCGAGGCAGGAAAUGUUCAAAAAUUGAAAAAGCAGCUGGAGAAAACUGAAGUGGAAAUGUUAACCACAUGUGAAAUUCCUUCGGAAAUGAAAGCAAAAUAUUCAUUUAGUAAAAACAUAUUAGAAAUUCUGAACAGCAAAGAAAGCUGUGGUAGGCUAAGGUUUGAAGAGUAUCAUUAUUACGAGCCAAUUAAUUUGGAAAACCAGAAAACCGAGCCUUACGGGUCUGAAGAUUAUUACGAGUUUAAAGCUGGAGCAAACACAGAUAAAGAUAAAUCUACAAAAGAUGGACAAGACGGCCCACCUCCCAAGAGCGAAACACCUACUCCUGAGGUUACCGAACUCGCAAAAUACAAGAGUCAUAGUUAUUCUCUGUCUGAUCAUUCUGAUUUUCAGAAAACACCUGAAUUCGUUGAAAUCAUUCUUACAUCACAUGGUCUUGUAUUGUUAGAUUCUGCUAAUGGCGUUCUGGUUCUUUCUGACGAUAAGAACGGGAAAAUUAAGAAUGUCGUAAAAGUGCCAUUUACGCUCGAAUGUAUAACCGGUGUUUCAUCAGAUAGAAUUGCUGUUCUUGGAAAAACUAAAGCGGAGACAUGUAUUCGAGUCUAUAAAUCUAGCUUGAAUGGAUUGAAAGAGAAACCGAAAGAGUCCUUCAAAAUCGUCGAUGGAUCAAAAUGUGUUGGACUUGAUUUUGACAAUAAAAAGAAGUUGUUUGUUGUCAAUUUCGUCGACAAGUUAUUAUUCAUCAAACCGAAUGGCAAACUAAACUAUACAUCGGCACUUGACAAUCCCUUUAAAAAGAGCGACAUGAAAUCCGUUUAUGACUCCGAAGGCAAUCGCGUGUAUACUGUAUAUCCUUCAGAGCAAGCUUGUUUGUGCUAUUCACUUCAGGAAAACAAGUGUCUUUGGAAAAGGGAAGAGAAAGGAAAACGUUCAGACUUUUCCCCAAGCAAUCUAGCACUGCAUGGGAACAAGCUGUAUAUUGUAAGUGAUCGAGUACUGUUAUCAUUGUCGAUGGACACUGGCGAAUCUUCUUCAGAUAAAGAAAUUGAACGAAGAUCUUUGUCGAUUUUAGCCUGCUUCAUAACUGACACAAACCAGGCAAUUUUGACGACAAGGUCAUCCGAGAAGACAGAAGCACUUACUGUGACCUUCAUAGAGUUGGAGAAAAAAGGGUGACUAGCCAUAGAUUUAACAAUGUCAACUUUGUGAGUGACAAGACGCAGAUUUAACAUUGAAAACUUUAUAAGUAAUUUGGCUUGCACUUUUCAGGGUCUAAUUGAUAACUUGAUAAGUGACUAUAUGCGGAUUUAACAGUGUCACAUUGAUAAGUGAUCAGACGAUUAUUUAACUGUGUGAACUUGAUAAGUGAUAAGACGCGGAUGUUUUAACAGUGUCAACUUGAUAAGUGAUUAGACGCGGAUUUAACUGUGUCAACGUCAUUAGUGAUUAGACGCGGAUUUUUUAACUGUGCCAACCUAAUAAAUGAUUGGACGCGGAUUUUUAAAGGAGUCAAUUUGAUGAGUGAUAAGACGCGGAUUUAACUAUGUGAACUUGGUAAGUAAUUAGACGCGUAUGUUUUAACUGUGUCAACUUGAUAAGUGAUUUGACGCGGAUUUUCAACAGUGUCAUCUUGAUAAGUCUUCGACUACAGCUUGUCCCUGUAGUUUUCGUUUUACUUUUAAUCAGUAUUUGGCGUGGAUUUAACAGUGCCUUCUUGAUUAGUGGUAAGAUGCAGAUUUAUUGUUAUGGUUGAAAUGGAUGAUUGUUGACAUUAAACAUAAGGCUUACGUUUUAGGCCUAAAUAUGACCUAAGCAACUUUAGCAAUAUCCUGUAAAGUUGUACUUUUGUUUUCAGCAUGGUGAAGUUUCGCCGGUUUUUUUGCAACAUAAGACUAAACAAUGUUAACUAAAACAAAUAAUAUUAUAUUUUCAAGAGCAUUUAUGAAAAAAUGUAAAAACUUUGCAUUCAUUCUGGUACUGAGUAAUAUUGCGCUUUUGACAUCGCACAAUAUUACACCGUUUUAGAACUCGUGCAUAUAGUUUCCUAUAAAAACAAUAACCUGUUGCUUUAUAUACUAUGAACAUGAACACCAUGACCAUCUUUUUUGCUACGAAAGUCUUUUUAAGACACAUUUUAAGAUCUAAAGGGACCACAUUAUUAAUGCAUUUUUAAACUGAUCAAAAGCCAUUUCCAAUUAGCAAGUAUACAGUACACCAUAACUGCUGAUAUAUAUUUCGAGAGAAGAAAUAUUUAAACCUUUUUAUAUAAUUAUCUUGACAAACUUUUAUUUUAAUAGGUCACACCUUUUUCAUUAUAUCAUCAAGCACGAUUGAUUCUUUUAGCUAUAUUUGGAAAAAACAUUGGUGUUGAUGCAGAAAUAGUUAACUAUUUCAAUUACGUUUGAGUGGUACACACAUUUGGUGGUUCUUUUACUAAAGCAGCUAGUAAGGAUAUUAAAUCAAUUUUUAGAAGUUAUGGUAUACUUGUGAUGAAAAAACAAUAUACUUAUUGUGAUACUUAUUUAAAGCAAUAUGAUUGUAUACAUGAGUAGUAUUAAUUAUGUUUAUGUAAGUUAAAAAUGCCUCUCUAUGCCAUGCCACUGACAUUAAGGACCUUAAUGGAAAUAAGGGUUCUCUGUGACCUUUUUUUAGUUAUCCUUGGUGCUGGUGUGCAGGGCAUGGAGCAGUCACAUUUACAUGUAUGUAAUACUUUUAUAUUAACUGUGCAUGUUGUUUUGAUUGUCCAUGUUAUGCACUCAAACAAAUAAGAUGAGCCUUUGUGGCAGUGUCACAAGUCAACAUAAACAUCAGUGUCCAACUUGAUAGGAUUUAGUUGAACUAUUUACCCGUGUUAUUUCAUGAAAACCUUCGUCGGAUACCACCGAUACACGAAUACACUUUGUUUCAAUAUAUUUGACCUGAAUAUACUAACAGGGUUGCGACGGAGCAUUAACAAGGGCCGUAUACGUUUUGACUUUAUAUUUGUAUUGAUGUAUUAAUGUAUUCAUUACAUAUAAAUUGUGUGUGCGCACGUACAUGUCUUUGAUAUUUGUGUAUCAUGUCUUAAUUUCUUCAAACUGUAUUCUUAAACACUGUCAAUACUGUGUGCAAGUAAUUACAAUUAUUUCUUAUGUUCUGUAAGUAACUUAUCAAUUACGAACAUACUAUAUUACUUUGCAAUACCUUUAUAUGUGAAAUUCUGCACUAAUUGAUUAUUAUAUAGUUAUGUUCACUGCCUAAUCAGAAUAAAACAAAUUGAAAAGUGUCGCUUUCAUUAUGGAAUGGUACAAAAUAUACCUGAGAAGUGCAUUAUAAGUCAUAUAACUGCUUUGUUAAUGAAUAUUUAAAUAACGUUAGCCAUUUACGAUACGAUACGAUACGAUACGAUAAGUUUAUUGCGUAAAACAUUAUACAAUAUUCAUAGCAUAUAACAUACAAUACAAUGAAUGGAGAAAGUACAGAAAUACAAUUUUCUGGAGCAAUUUAACAUGAAUGAUAUAACAUCCUA